AAUUAGUUGGAGGAAAAAAGCAGGAAUGCGGGGCAGUGUAGAGACGAAGACGAAAUAUUCACACUUGAUAACCAAGUUUUAAUACAUCGUUUAGGAGAAUCGACCUCUGUACACAAUCGAAAGGGGGCCAAGUAUGAGUAUUCUGACUGACAUAAAUACAUGUUAUAUAAUAUAAAUAAAUUAUAAAAGCAUAGGUUAAAAAGUAGGCUGGUUGGAAAAGUAAAUACAGAAGGAGAAAAGGAGAUAUAAAGCUCGAAGUGGUUGUAACGAAAGUGGUGAACAGAAGAUAUAGGUGGAAGUGGAAGUGGAAGUGGUGGUGGUAGGAAUAGUAGUGGUGGUAGUAGGAGCGAAGUAGGUAGGAGGAGGCUUGGGGAAGGUUUGCCAGCCGCCGGAAGAGCAUCGACGGCGACGGGGGCGGGGAAGCUGUCCACCGAACGGAACGACCGCUCGGUGAUACGAACAGCGAGUCGAACGGUUCCCCAAACGAAUACGGAUAUAUCGAUCAUUGACGAUAGUUGCCGAUUUUGCGCUAGUCGGUAUUCAACGGCAGGGGUGGAAGGAGGUGGAGGUGGCGGAGGAGGUGGCGGCGGUGGUGGUGGCGGCGGUGGAGGAGGUGGUGGCGGCGGCGGCGGUAGCAGUGACAGUGGUAGUGUCGUAGCUAGUGGUAGUGGCGGUGAUAGUGAUAGCGACAGUGAUUAAAAAUACGAAAAAGCAAACAAACGACGAGUAAAAAGAAUAUAAUUUAGAAAAGAAAGGACAGUAAUUAGCAAGAAUGGCAGACACAAGUCAGCAACAACCGUUGACUGAACCACAUACGAAUGGGGUAAUGGACGGUUUGACAGAAGAAGAGAAGAGUAAAAUGCGGCCUGCAGACAUUGAUGCGGAUAUGAGGGAGAUGGAAAGAAGGAAGAGAGUUGAAAUGAUGAUGAAUUCUCGAAUUUUUCGCGAAGAAUUAGAACGAAUUAUUGAGACACAAAUGAAAGAUGGUGCUGGACCAUCAGGUCUACUACAGCAAAUCUCUGAUAUGAUGGGUGCACAAGGUGCUCGGUUUAAUGCAAAUGUUUUUAAAACUUCUAAUUGUGUAUUACCUAUCAACGAUAUACGCGGUGUCGAAAGUAUGGGUUAUGCAAAGGGAGAGAAACUAUUGCGUUGCAAAUUGGCAGCAGUAUUUAGACUGCUUGAUCUCUAUGGUUGGACUCAAGGUGUUGGUGGACAAAUUACAGCACGCUUAAAUCAAGAUCAAGAACACUUUUUAGUUAAUCCGUAUGGUCUGUUGUAUCAUGAAGUUACUGCUUCAAGCUUGAUUAAAGUUGAUAUGCAAGGAACGGUCGUGGAACAAGGGACGACCAAUUUUGGUGUUCAUGUGGCAGGGUUUCAAUUGCAUUCAACAAUUCACGCUGCUAGACCCGAUAUAAAAUGCAUUGUUCAUAUUACCACUCCGUCCGUUACUGCUAUCUCGUCAUUAAAGUGCGGAUUACUGCCAAUUGGACAAGAAAGUAUAGUAAUAGGAGAGGUAAGCACGCAUCAGUAUGUAGGUGGAUUUUUUGAACCAGAAGAAAAAGAGAAGAUAGCAAGAAAUCUUGGACCGAUGAAUAAAGUUAUGCUUUUAACGAAUCGCGGUGCUCUCUGCUGCGGAGAAACUGUCGAAGAAGCCUUCUUCAAUGUUUACAAUACGGUCCUAGCUUGCGAGACCCAGUUAAAACUAAUGCCUGCUGGUUUGGAUAAUUUAAAUCUUAUUUCCGAAGAGUCUAAGAAAGCUAUAUUCGAAGCCUCGAGAAAACCACCCACACCGCAACAAACGGCUCAAAUCACCGAAACCACUGCUCUUGCUGAGAAACUCGAAAAGCGUUGGCGAAUUGGUGGAACUGAAUUUGAGGCACUUAUGCGAAUGCUCGAUAAUGCAGGUUUCCGAACCGGCUAUAUAUACAGAAAUCCACUAGUAAAAGGAGAACCUCCGCGGCCUCGGAACGAUGUAGAAGUACCACCGGCAGUCUCAUCUUUGGGAUAUUUACUCGAAGAAGAAGAACUUUAUAAACAGGGGCUCUGGAAAGGUGGCCGUAAAGGCACGGAUAGGUCACGUUGGUUAAAUUCGCCCAAUGUAUACCAAAAGGUCGAAAUACUUGAAACAGGAACACCCGAUCCGAAGAAAAUUACAAAGUGGGUGUCAGACGGAUCUCCGACGCAUAGCAGUACACCGGUGAAGAUCGACAGUGCCCUUCAAUUUGUACCGAAAAAUACCAAUCCAAAGGAAUUUAAACAAUUACAACAACAGAUAAAGGAUUACCGUAGGGCGGAUAAGAUAUCAGCUGGACCACAAUCCCACAUAUUAGAAGGAGUUACAUGGGAAGAAGCUAAAAAAAUGCAGGAUGCCACUAUUAGCGGAACAGGAGAACAAGUAGUGUUGGUAGGGGCAGCCAGUAAAGGUAUCAUACAAAGAGGGUUUCAACACAACGCAAUGGUUUACAAGACACCGUAUGCCAAAAAUCCUUUCGAUGCUGUUACUGAUCAAGAACUCGAUCAGUAUAAGAGAGAAGUUGAACGCAAACAAAAAGGAGAUAUCUAUGAUGAAUCGCAAUCAGAAUCGGAAGCAUUGUCAUCAUUCAAUGUUAGUCGAGCAACACACGAAUCAAGCACUGCCAAAAGUCCAAUUCAAUCGCCGGUAUCUGUAACUUCGGAAACAGAAGAAGAGAGCAGAGAUGAACCCCGAGUACUACGGAUAGAAACGAAACAAGUGCCUGCACCAAGUCAACCUGAAGUUGUAUUGAGCGACGAUCUUGGUUCACCGAGCAGGUUCUGCAGUCAAUGCAAAAACAAAUGUGAGAACAAGAUUGAAAAUGAUGCCUGCAUUAUUAGCAAACAUCUUCAUUAUCCAGUUGCUGAACUAUAUCGAUACGAACCACGUUUAGAAAUUGUCCGAGGUGACAUAAUCGCAGAGCGGUUAGUAACUAAGUUAAUCGACUACCGUCCUUGUCCUCCAGUUAUAUUAACUGGUGAGCAAGUAAAUUGCUCGGGUGACACGAAAUACAAUGGUCUUGAACAAGUUCCAAAUUCGGUUUACUUUGAAGACAAAAAAACAAAAGAAGAAUCGAUCAAGAAAAGAAAAUCUAAAGUUCGUAGAUCAUUGGAAAUGAAAAAUAACGUAAAUUCAUUGAAUGUUCCGUCUUCUAACGAAAAAAUGAAAGAAAAAGAUAGAAAUGAUAAAACGAAUUUGAAGUCGAUCGAUACAAGCUCUAUGGAACAGAUUACCCAAAUAGUAAGCUGUAUUGAUUCAAACAUACAGCCAACGAAAACAAGAUUAAUCGCUUUAUCUUCUCCUGAACUUAAAAUCUCAAAGAAAUAUAGUUUAGAUCCGUCCGAUAUGAGUUUAAUAUACAGUUUGACACCAUGUAUGAAUUCAGAAAAUGAUCACGAAAAUAUCGAUAAAACGAUGAUAGACAAAUCGUCGAAGUUAUCAACAUUUACAUUUGAACCCAAUAAUAACUUGGAGCAGAAUUGCUUUUUGCAAUCAAAAGAGGAGAAAAGUCCCAAAAACGAACAACAACGAUGGGGAGAAAAGGACUGCGUAGACGAUAAAACUGAUAAUUAUAUUUGGUUCAAUUCGUUAUCCGACAAUGAAAAGUCUGAGCUUUCUAACGAUAAUAAGACUAUAAAUAACGAUAUAUGUUUUGAUAAUGGACAAGUUGAAAUUUGUUCGAACGAAGGAUCUGAUAUAUCGGAACUAUUCGCUGACACGCCUUUAGAAUUGCUGGAAACUACCGGUGAAUAUUUUCGAAAUGACAUAAGCAAUAUAGCGAAUGAAAUUAUCGCGGAACUUAAUGGAAAUGACACGUAUAUGAUCAUUUACUGUCUAGUAAAUGAAAUUUUUCAGAAAGUUUAUGAUACUCUCUCGAGUAUAGAGUUAAAUGAUCGAUCUAGUUCGCCGUUAUCAACCAUUUCUUGGCAAUUCUCAACUCCAAAAUUAUGUUCGAACGUAAAAGAUGAUAAACACACGCCGAAGGAAAUCGAUAAGACUCAGACCAAUCAAACUACACCUGUUAUAGUUAUACAUGAAGUUAUUCACCAUGUGAUCGAUGCAUGCGAUGAAAUUAAGAAAGCAAAAACCUAUGCAAAUAUAGAGCUGAGAGAAAAGGGGAACAAUGAUACUGUUAACAAUGACGAAGAAAACAUCGGACAGCAGAAGGAUUUGACAACGAUGAUAAACAGUGACAAAUUAAAAAAAGCAUCUGAUCGAAAUACACAAGUUGCACCGACUGUUACCACUUUUGAAAAUCUGGUUUUACACGAGAAGAAUGAUCAGUCUGCUGAAACAGCGACAGAAGCAGAUGACAUGACGGAAGCAGCAGUUUUCGAAUUUCAUACGCUAGUGAAGGCGAAGCCAACAAAUACUGAUAAAAAGGAAUUUGAAUUGAACUUCCGAAUAGAGAGAAAUUUUGGUGUUGAGAGCAGCGUUGAAAAUAAAAAAUCGCAUAGGCAAAAUAUGGAAGAAGUUGAGCCCGGUCUAUCUGAAAGUGUAGAGAAACUCGCUGAGAUAGAUUGGAAUAUACAUUCAGAUGUUGAAAAUAAGAGAUCUCAUAAAAAAGAUAAGGAAGAAGUUAAACUCAGCCUAUCUGAAAGUUUAGAGAAGCUUGCUGAGGUGGGUUCGAAUAUAGAUUCGGAUAAUUUACCCGAAAUUGAUACAAGGGAAGAAGAAUUAACAAAACUAUCAGAGACUUCUAAGACUGUAGAGCUGAAAGAAAAAGAAGACAGUAAUACUAGUAACAAUGAGAAAGAGGAAAUCGGACAGCAGGUGGAUAAUUUGACAACAAUGAUAAACAGCGAUGAAUCAAAAAAAGUUCCUGAUCAAAGUAUGGGAGUUACAUCGAUUUCUUUUGAGAAUUUGGCUUUAGACGAGGAGAAUAAUCAAUCUAUUGAAACAGAAGCAGACGCAAUUUUCGAGUUUCGUACAAUAGUGAAAGCGAGGCCAAUAAAUACUGAUAAAGAAGCAGUUGAAUUGAACUUCCGAAUAGAGAGAAGUUUUGAUGUUGAGAACAGUGUUGAAAAUAAAACAUCGCAUAGACAAAAUAAGGAAGAAGUUGAGCAUGAAAGUUUAGAGAAACUCGUUGAAAUGGAUUGCAAUGUAGGUUCGUAUGAUUUGUUCGAAAUUGAGAAAAGAAGAAGAGAACCAAUGACACUAUCAGAGACUACUAAAGCUGUAGAAGCGUGCGUUGAUUGUAUUUAUUGUAUGAAUUCCUGUCCUAUGGAUUACAAUCAAGAAUAUUCUCCGUUGUCGACCAUAGGUGAAGAAGAAUCAGACGAGAAGAUCGUGGAUUUAAACGCAGAAAUUGGAGGAAAACGACUUAAUGAUACUUAUACAUUUUAUGAUUCCGACGAAAUCGUAAAUGACAAAGAAUUAUCUAGUCAUAACUUAGAAAAUAACAAUAACGCAUUCCUUUAAAAUGAUCUCAUCAAACGAUCAACCAUCAUCCUUUUCAGAAAUUCAUCCCCUCAAAGAUGUAACACUUGCUUCAGUGGAGUUUCUUUAAGUUAAUAACUUGAGAAAACCAAUAGUAGAACCAUCAUCGUAGAAUUUAGUUCCUAGGAUUAUUUAAAGAAUACUUUUUCAAAUAUCCACAAAAAUAUUCCUUUUCUGUUGCUGCAAACCAAAGAAAUUUUUUUAUUUAUCAAAGGUAUAAAACGAUAUGUUAAUUUGUAUUUUAUUUUUACACAGUGCUCGUUUUGUUUAUUGUUUAUAUCUAGUGUUUGCAAUUGUAUUAUGCACAUUGUUCGUGUCCUGAUAUUGCAUACUUUGUCUUUUUAGUUUUUCUUUCUUUAUUUAUUUAUUUUUUCUUUUAUUUGUAUCGUACAUGUUUUGUAUGCGAAACAUAUUAAGAUUAUGAAAUAAAUAAUUUUCUUAAAAGUAA